AUGGAUUCACAUACAACAAUGACUAGUACCAAAAAACCUAUAAAGCUCACUGAAGAAAGAAAAAGACGACUGAUGAGUCAAAAAUAUGCGUACUCACUUUUAUGUAAUAACCAAAUUGUGCCAUCUCAUAUUUUUGUUGCCAUGGCAAGAGACUCGGAACAUGAGCAAGCAUUGGAAACAUAUGCCAACAUUUAUGGUUGUGAACUUGAUAAUACAAUAAAUUCACUAAAAUAUAUACAAGAAUCUUUAAAAUCAUUAUCAUCAACACCAGAAACAAACGAUGUUUCUACUUUUACUUCAGCUGCUGCUAAUUUCAUACCAAUACCUCCUGAAGUACUUAUUAAAGCACUAAAUCAAGCUGAACUAAUAGAAAUAGAGCUUAGAAAUAGAAGAAACGAAAGAAUUAAAGCUCUUGAGAAUUUACCAGCAAAUUUAUCAAAUGAACCAUUGAAACAACGAUUGGCUUUUGAUGAUGACAACAAACCUGUUUCAAAUCCUAAGCUCAAAGCCAUUCGUAAUAAUGUUUUUCAAUACAGUCCGAUGUAUAAUAAACCACAGAGACUUGAUGAUAUUUUACAAUAUAGACGACCAGAAGAAAAAGUAGAGUACACUUUGUCAUAUAUUCAAAAACGUGAACAAGAUCGUAUACAGAAAAAAAUCAACAAAAAGAAAGCCAAGCGAAAUAGAUUUUUGUUUCAGAUAAAAGCAACGUAUGCAGAUUAUGUCACAAUAUCUGAGUUAAUGAGGGAUAAAAAACUUGCAUUUGGUAGGGCAGUCUUAAACUAUCAUGCAUCUGUUCAAAAAGAACAACAAAGAAAGCAAGAUAAAUUCCAACGAGAAAGGUUGAAUGCUUUAAAAAACGAUGAUGAAGAGGCAUACAUGAAAUUGAUUGAUGAAACUAAAGACACCAGACUCAGUCAUUUAUUAAAACAAACUGAUCAAUAUCUUGAAAAAUUGGCAAAAGCAGUUUCCACUCAACAAAAUGAACCUUUUAAUAAUAAUUCAAUGAUUAACACUCAUUUCGUUCCCAGCACUAUAUUUUCAUCACCAGUUAUUGACGAAGACAAUAUCAUUGAAACAACAGAUGGAAAAAAAAUUGAUUAUUACCAAGUUGCACAUAGGAUAAAAGAAGAAAAACAAAAUGGACCAUUUCUAAUAAUUGUUCCAUUAUCAACAUUAACGAAUUGGAUAAUGGAAUUGGAAAAAUGGGCACCAGAUGUUAAAAAAAUAGUCUAUAAAGGAGGUCCUAAUGAAAGGAAAAACAUACAACUAAAACAUUUGAAACAUAUUGAUUUUCAAGUAUUUUUAACAACAUAUGAAUAUGUUAUUAGAGAUAAUAAACCAUUGAGUAGAGUGAAUUGGUUGUAUGUAAUAGUUGAUGAGGGCCAUCGUAUGAAGAAUGUCAAUUCUAAGUUAUCCAUGAAUAAUUUACCAGAAUUGUGGUCAUUAUUAAAUUUUGUACUGCCAAAAAUCUUCAAUUCAUUGGAUAGUUUUGAUGAAUGGUUUAAUACACCUUUUGCAAAUACUGGAGGUCAAGAUAAAAUUGCUUUGAAUGAAGAGGAGACACUCUUGAUUAUCCGUCGUCUUCACAAAGUACUUCGGCCUUUUCUUUUACGAAGGUUAAAAAAAGAUGUCGAAUCUGAACUGCCAGAUAAGGUAGAAAGAGUAAUAAAAGUUAAAUUAUCUGCACUUCAGGUCAAACUAUACAAUCAGAUGAAAACACAUGGUGCAAUAUUUGUUAAUAAGGGAGAAAAAGGGGUCUAA